GUCUGCUUCAUGGUGGUGUCCCCAGAACGGGGUCCCCUGGAGCCACGGUCAGCACGGAACAGGCAGAGUCUAAAAUGGGCGUACGUGGUUUUCAAAUGGGUGCUCUACCCUGGGGACCCCUGCAUCAGCGGGUACGCCGGCUUGGGUCAGCACAUCACGCCGUCUCCCCCAGAAUGCCCGAGGAGCCUGGCCCAGGCAGGGCUGGGGACCUGGGUGUGCCUGUGCCCACCCCACGGCCAAGCCCAGCUCCGGCCACCAGGACAGUGUGUCACUCCAGAUCUUGUUUUCAGAGCUGUUCCCUGCCACCCCCAGUCCAGCUGACCAGCGUCCUCUCUGGCCCCUUCCCGCCGCGGCCUCACAGCUGCUGGACGUGCUGGAGAUACCCCUCCUCUGGGCCAUGGGACACACACCUGGGAGGCCCCAAAGCCCCCUCACAGGCCUCCAGAUGCCCCAUCCGGGUGGUCUGGGGUCGACUGAGGCCCGUGUGCGGUGGGAGUGCGAGGAGGGUCCCCGCUUGGAAGCCAGUUCGGAGGGGGGGCCCCUGUGGCACGGGGACCCGCCUGGCCCAGCGUGUCCCGUGUUUCAGGAGGACGGGGAGCCCGGCACUUGCCGGCCUGUGCUCUGUCCCCUCCGGCCCCUGUCCUUCAGCGGCCUCCCUGCCCUUGCAACCUCCACAGAAACUGGCUGAGGCAUCAGAACCUCAGCCCCUCCUCUCAACCCUUUGUCCUGAUCUGGGAGGGGGUGCAGCGUCAGCAGGCCCGAGGCUCUGCCCUGGAGCCCUUUGUCCUCCGCACAAAGGGUCCGAGCGCCGGGACCCGGUGGUCCCGAGCCUGUGGAGGAAGGGCCCCGGGUCCUGGCUGUGCGCAGGCCAGGGUGAGGACCCGGCCAGGUUGGGGGGGGUGAGCAGGGAGGAGGGACGCCCCAGGCGGGAGCCACACUGGUUACCUUUGUGCCAGCUCCCACUCGUUGAUAAGCCUGGGUGGCGUAUUCGUCACAACCCGCUCUGGAUGGGCACCACCCUCCCCGGAGGGGGCACGGAGGCCCUGUGCCUUCACCACGCGCCAUGCUGGCAGUGACCCAGCCCAUCUGCUGCUGCUGAGGAGGCCUGGGGCGGCUCGGUCACGGCUCUGCGUUACGUCCGCUCGGUCAGGUGGCCCCAGAAGGGCCAGGUGGGAGGAUCCACUCAGCAGUGGACACAGACGCUUGUCCAGGGACCACGGAGGGAUCUUCGUCGGGAAGGAAGGAGAACGGCGGCAGGCAGGACUCAUUGGAAUGGAAAUCAAUUUGAUUAGCGAGCAGUCGAUUACCGUGAGGACUGAGGCUGUGAUCCAGGCGGAAGCCGGCUCCACAAACAUGGAACUUUCUGAGCGCACCUGUGUGGAGGGGCUCACUCCGGAGGGGCCGAGGCUGAGGUAGGCCAGGCCCGCCCGGGUGCUCGCCGGGCGGGAGGUAUAGCGGAACUCUCCCUCCUCGGCCUCGGCAUGUGCUUGACUCCCCUGGGCCUCGGCUUUCCCCUCCGUGAAAUGGGAUCAGGCCGCUGCUGCCGGGAGGAGUUUGGGGCCUCAGAGGGGCCGUGCAUGAUGGAGAGUGAACGUUCUCCGGAGGGGCCGUGCGUGAUGGAGAGGGAGUGCUGGCCGGGUGGGUUCUGUUCAGGCAGGAAUCCGGUUCCCCAGCCGCACAUACUCGGACCCCUGGAGGAUGCCAGUGUGUGGUUCUGUGCCGAGAAUCCAGGGAAAGCUGGUCCGGCAGCCAGAGCCAAUUUCCUGAGAGACAGGGGAGGCCGAGAGCAGCCUGGGCCUGGCCACUCUGAACCUCAGUCUCGUCCUCUGUAAGUGGAACCUCUGUUCCGACCGUGUCCAUCAGGCCUGCAGCACACUGCAGGAACACGGUCCCUGCGGCCCCCCCCUCUGGUCCUCCUCUGCUGAAAGCAGGAGUGUGAAGGGUCUGACCCUCAGCCUUCACACCUGCACGGAGUCGGGUGCCUCUCUGCUCGGCCUUCUCCUGGGGAUCCCUCCAGCAGAGGCUGGGCCCGGCGCCACCGUGGCAGGGCCCAGGCACGUGCAGGCCCAGAUCGGAGAGGCAGGCCUGUCUCUGGCCUUCUCCCCGUUCCUGCAUCAGAGGCACACUGUGUCCCUGCUUCCCCCACACAGCAGAGGGCAGCCCCAGGGCUCCCUGCGUAGGCCCGGCACAGUGUGGGCCCCCGGCAGGACACGGCCAGGCCUUCAGCAGACACCCGGCACCUCUGCGCUGGUCACGACAAGGCACCCUGGGCGAAGGCAGCUCCCGGGCACAUGAUGGGGGUGGACAGAAUGGGACCCGGGCAGCCCCUUUCAUCCCCUCAGCCGGGCAUCCUUGUGCAGUGAGCAGCCUGCACCCAUGUGCACGGCGGCCCUGCUCUCAGGAGCCACAUGGGCUGUGACAGGGUCCCGGCCCCGUCCUCUGGCUGGGGGACUCUGGAAUCACUUAACCUGUGUGAGAUUUUGUGAAUUAGAGAAAACAGUUUCUACCUCACCCAGGUGGCACGGAAAUCGGAAAUCGGAAAUCCCCUAUUUGCUAGGUAUAGAGCACCGACUGGAUGCACCAAACGAAGUGGCUGGUGCGCAGCAGGGGCUCAGUAACUGUGGCUGCCACGGCCGGACCCACGUGCCGAGGGCCACCCUGGCCGCUCUUCCUCACGCGCCACAGAAAGCAGUGAUGGUCUCCAUCCGACGGGCGGAUCCGCCGCCGCGAGGACGCUUGCUCACACGUCUGUGCCCCCGGCGGGGCCGCGGUUCUCAAGACGCCGAACGCGGACCUUCCACGGGACCCAGCCGUGCCACCCCCCCGGCACGCGCCCCAAACAACUGAAGACCGAUGUUAGGACCAAAACCCGUCCUCGCACGUUCCCGGAGCGCUAUUCACCGCGGCCAGAGGGAGGGACUAUCAGACCAGUGAACGGGGGGGCCCCCCGGGCGGCGGGAUGUUCCUCCACCAGGAAAAAGGGAGGAAAUGCCGAUUCCCGCGGAGGAACCUUGAAAACGCGGCCCCGCGUGAGGGAGGCCAGGCACACGAGGACACGCAGCGUGGGAUGCCACGUGAAAUGUCCAGGACAGGCAGCUCCACAGACAGAAAGCAGGUCGUUGGCGCCAGGGGCCGGCUGCUGACUAUGGGCACACGGUGUCCUUUUGGGGGGAACGUUCUGAAACUGGAGGGUGGUGAAGGCUGCAGCAUCAGAAAUGUGCUUAAUGCCAUCGAACUGUGCAGUUUAUAACGCUUAACUGUAAAUCUUGUCUCUGCUGUAUUUGGCCACGAUUUUUAAAAUGUAUUCUUUUUUUAA